CUGUAUCUAGCCAACCAACGUGACCGUGACACAUCUCCAAUAUUAUUCAGAGGACUGGUUUUGGAAGUGGUAUAUACCUGUAAAACAAUGAAAUUUAUUUACAAAGAGGAGCACCCGUUUGAGAAAAGGAGGUCAGAGGGAGAGAAAAUAAGGAAGAAGUACCCGGACCGGGUGCCAGUCAUAGUGGAGAAAGCACCCAAAGCCAGGAUAGGUGACUUGGACAAGAAGAAAUAUCUUGUACCUUCUGACCUCACAGUCGGACAGUUCUACUUCCUUAUUCGGAAGAGGAUUCACCUCAGAGCUGAAGAGGCCUUGUUCUUCUUUGUUAAUAACGUAAUUCCCCCAACAUCAGCCACAAUGGGCCUUCUGUACCAGGAACACCACGAGGAAGAUUUUUUCCUCUACAUUGCCUACAGUGACGAAAGUGUCUAUGGAGGCAGCCAAACAGUUGUCUGAACAUCAUUACAUGCACAAGGGACUUGACUCCCCCCCCCCCCCCCCCCAUCACAAAACAGGAAAAAAUAAAGUUUUCUUGUGUUGGCUACAAAUGACAAAUGCACUUUGAAUCUGUCUUGGCCCUUAUGUCUUUAUUGUUUUUCACUAUUAAAGCCCAAAGAUGUCCCUC